UCUCCCGACACAACUUUCAUAUAAAGCGUUAUAUUAGUGCGGGAGGUGCUGACGAGCUUGUGCUCUGCCAUUAGUCUUUUUUCUUGUCCGUGGCCUAACUUCGUUUUCAAUAAAACCUGAAAAAGCUGAUUGGGAGAUCUGGUUUUGAUUUGAUGUACACGCAAUCAUGGCUAGUGACCGCCUACAUCAUCAGAAUUUCUGUAGGCAUGUAUAAUCUAAUGAGGUCAACCAACAAUGCUGCUGAGUAAAUUCCAGGGUUUCUUGCCUUGUGUUGCUGUCUGCCGACGUUUUCUUGGCCCGACGUUUUCAUUGUAUCUGCGGAGACAAGAACCUAAAGACAGCACAACCUUCCACGCCCUUUCUUGCCAUACCAGCCCAGUAAAAAUGUUGAGCCAGGCUUUCAGCUCUGGGAAUGGCCACUGGAACGGCCAGAGGACCGGCAAGAAGCCGGUCACUAUCACCAUUGAAGGGAACAUUGGCUCGGGGAAAACCACCCUGAUGGAGUUCUUCUCCCAGCACGAAGAUGUCACCACCGUGGACGAGCCGGUCCAGAAAUGGAGGAACGCAAGAGGCCACAACCUCUUCGACCUCAUGUACCGUGACCCCAAACGCUGGAGCUUCACAUUCCAGUCCUACGUCCAGCUCACCAUGCUGGAGAACCACCGCACCCAGGUGGCAACCCCAAUCAAAAUGAUGGAGCGCUCGGUGUACAGUGCACGGUACAUCUUCGUGGAGAACAUGCACCAGACAUCCAUGAUGUCGGACCCAGAGUUCACUGUGCUGGAUGAGCUCUUCCAGUGGGUGAUCUCCAAUCACGAUAUCGGCCUUGACCGCAUCAUCUACCUCCGGACGUCUCCCGAGCAGUGCUACGAGAGGAUACAGCGGCGGUGCAGAACAGAAGAGGAAGGCAUCCCCCUGGAGUACCUAAAGGCACUCCACCAACUCUAUGAAGACUGGCUGGUGGGCAAGAAGUACCCCAUCCCAGGGUCGGUUAUGGUCCUUGAUGGCUCCGCCCCACUGGAAGACAUGUUGAAGAUGUACCGGGCCAAGCAAGACAGCAUUUUGUGUCAAGGAUGAUCGUUAAUUUAAGCUUCUAAAGAAAUAUUUUCUCAUGCCAAAUAACUCUAUUUUCACUGCACUUGAAUCAAAUGGCUGUAUUUUACCAAUGCUUUGUGCACGUUCCAGGCAAUUGUCUCAACUCUGGUUUUACAGGCUUUUAUUUCAAAAUCCAUUGUGAAAUCUCUUAAUUUAUAAGUCAGUUUCUCUUUAUUUUCAGUGUGUCUUUCAGUCUCGGACAUUUUUUUCUGGGGGAAGGAGGGUAGAAAGAUCAAUUGCAGGACCUUUUUGUACAGUGCAAGUGCCGAAGGAGUCGUUACAAAACCUGUCUCCUCCAUUAAUUUUUGUGCAACUAGGAUUUCCCAAUGCUUUUAUGGCGAAGUAUUCUCUCAGAACAAAUGUCCAGUGCUGUAGAGCAGUAGUCCCCUUUCAACCUCCAAACCUGAAGACAGUUGGUGUCACUUGACUUGCUUAAUGUACCUCCAGGUCCAAUUCCAUAGAGCUGCUGAAGCACAAACAGCCUUGCUUGAAAAAGGUUACCACCUCAAAUCUGUGCGAUUGUCAUGCUAACCAAACGACAGAUGAAUACCAUUCUGAAACGGCAUACAUUACAUGGAGUUUUGGCUGGUAACCUGCAGCUGAUUUGUCAAGUAAGGUUUUUUCACGCCUAAGCAACUUUUGUGCUGAAGCAGCUCUAAGAAAUUUGCCCCUGAUAUUUAACAUUUCAGAGGUUGAGGGGGGGUGUUAAUUUAAACCUGAAAUCCAUUUGUAACAGUGAUUGUAUUCAGUGGGUGUUUAUGGAAAGUACGUGAGGUUCCAUGACACACUUCCUUCCUCAUUUCUGCGUACAUGUUUAUGAAACUUGCAUGUUGCUAGUUUCCUACUGAUAGUGAAAAUACAUAUUUGUAGACUUCUUCCCAUUUGUCCAUACUUUCCUAAAUUAUGUUGUGAGGAAAUUAUCAAGUGGAAUUUAACAUUUGAGUACCUUAUUAUUUCAGUGUACUAAGUGCAAACUUUGCAUGACUUAGAGUCCAUUGUUAUGGAAUAUUUUAUGUAGUUUUCUGCAAUGAAGGUGCAUUACAUUUAGGGUUUUUGCAUUUUUAGCGGUGAUAAUAUCCCAAAGUGAUACCUUGAUAUUCAGACUUAACAAAAGGGUCGUUAGGGGCCUCCGCAUUUUCUCUAUUUAUUAUAUUGAUUUGGAAUGUGAUAUUCAUAUUAAAACGUUUAAAUGCCAAAGUUUAUCAAUCAGCACUUGUGUACUCCUGGUAACAUAAAUGUAAACAUUUUUAUCUUAGGAUAGGUGGUAAAUGGUCAAGAUCAAAAUGAAAUGGGAAAAUGUCUUAGUAGUUUUUUGUAACCCAUAACUGUCACCAUGUAGAUAUUUUGUUGUCUUUCAGGCUACUUGCAAUUUUGGUGCAAAAUCCUUUCAGAAAUCGUUGAAAUUAUUCAGAUAUACCUCUUCAAUUCCAAAUUUAAGUGGUCAAAACUCCAAGGUUGGGGUAACUAUGCUUAUUUUGGAAAGGGCGCCCUCUAGGAAUAAAUAAAAAGUACUUCAUCUUCAAGCCUGGAAAAGAAAUAGAUAUAAAUGUAAUAAGCUGUGUAAUAGCAUUGAGGGCGAUUAAAAUGGCGAAACAAUA